AGUACCCUGAACCCUAUGUGAAUCCUUUGGCAAGCAGGUAAACCCAGUUCCCAGUCUUCCGUCUCUUUAGGUUCCCAUUGAGCGGCAGUCUGUAUCUUCUUUCACCGAUAGAUGGCUUCCCGUAUGCUAAAGGGAGCCGAAUUGCUCCCUUUCUCUAUAGUAAGAAACCCAACUGGGUUGGGCUUCAUGGGGUCUUCUCUCAAUGGGAUAUGCCUCCCUAAGAUGGCUCUGAUCUCUUUUGGUGGUGGUAGUAUAAGGGCCAAAACUUGGGCUCCAAGGUGCAGCCUUCCCUCUUCCAGGCCUGCUUCUCAACCCAGGUUUAUCCAGCACAAAAAGGAGGCAUUUUGGUUCUACAGAUUCCUCUCCAUCGUCUAUGACCAUGUUAUAAACCCUGGGCAUUGGACUGAGGACAUGAGGGAUGAGGCUCUUGAGCCUGCCGAUCUCUAUGAUCCGGGAUUGAAGGUUGUGGAUGUCGGUGGUGGGACUGGAUUCACCACAUUGGGCAUUGUCAAACACGUAUACCCCAAGAACGUCACCAUUCUUGACCAGUCACCGCACCAGCUCGCAAAGGCGAGGCAGAAGGAGGAACUGAAAGAAUGCACAAUCAUCGAGGGGGAUGCGGAGGAGCUUCCCUUCCCAACGGACUCUGUUGAUCGGUAUAUUUCUGCAGGAAGUAUCGAGUACUGGCCCGAUCCUCAACGUGGUAUCAGGGAAGCAUACAGAGUGUUGAAACUUGGAGGGUUAGCCUGUGUCAUUGGUCCUGUAUACCCAACCUUCUGGUUGUCACGCAUCUUUGCUGACAUGUCGAUGUUGUUCCCCAAAGAAGAGGAAUAUAUUGAGUGGUUCAAGAAGGCUGGUUUUAAAGAUGUCAAAUUGAAAAGAAUUGGACCGAAAUGGUACCGCGGUGUCCGUCGUCAUGGCCUCAUCAUGGGAUGCUCCGUCACUGGUGUUAAAAGAGAAUCUGAUGAUUCACCUUUGCAGCUUGGUCCCAAAGCUGAAGAUGUAAAGAAGCCUGUGAAUCCAUUUUCCUUCCUUAUACGCUUCAUUUUGGGUACGAUCGUAGCAACAUAUUACGUCUUGGUGCCAUUCUACAUGUGGAUUAAGGAUCAAAUUGUCCCCAAAGGACAACCUAUAUAAAAGUGAUGCCUCACCCCUGCACAAGACAUCACCAUCUAUGUCAGAAUAUAUUCCAUGUUUUUUUUUUAAUUUUCAUUUUAGGUCUUUGGACAGUUUGUAUGAAUCAGAAAUGAAGUAUGCAGUUUCUUUGGGGAACACUAAAAAUUUGUUAGGAAAAUCUUUGUGCUUCA